CGCAAGCCCUCCCCUCCCGUGCAUCAAUUCCCUUCGUCAUCGGUCCGCCUCGCAAGCCGUUGAAACAAAGAGAAACCCCAAUCACUUGAAAAAAAAAACCCCAGUGUACCUGAAGACCUCCCUCUCGCCCCGAGAAGUCUCGCGAGCCCCCAAUCUCUCGGAAGGCCGCGACCCCGGGCCAGUGGUGAGUGGCGUCCGCGUUCCGGAGUUCCCCCAACCCCACCAAACGUUCCCAAAACGCCAGCCAAUUCCCCGCAAUCCACCGUUACCCAAAAAAUAAGGAUCGAAGAGUCAGAAAAACGGCACUCCUGAGGUCCGAUGUCUAGUGCUGAGGUGGUGGAUAGUUCCGUUGACCCCCCAGCAAAGAAGCGACGCAUUGCAACGACGGGAGGUUCAGACGAGACAGAAAAAGCGAUGGCGAAGAACGGCUCAUCCUCAAAGUCUGACAAUCACAAUCAUGAAAUCGACGAGGGCCUGUACUCCCGCCAGCUCUACGUCCUCGGGCACGAGGCGAUGCACCGAAUGGCGUCCUCAGACGUCCUCAUCUCAGGUCUCGGUGGCCUGGGGGUGGAGAUCGCCAAGAACGUUGUCCUGGGGGGCGUGAAAUCGGUGACCCUCCACGACGCCAAAAUCACCAAGAUAACGGACCUGUCCUCGCAGUUUUACCUCACCGAUGAGGACGUGGGUAAGAAUCGAGCUGAGGCGUGCUACCAGCGGCUGUCAGAGCUCAACAAUUACGUGCCCACGAGGCACCACGAGGGCCACCUCGACGAGGAGUUCGUCAAGAAGUUCAAGGUCGUCGUGCUGACGGAGGCGAGGAUCGAGGAGCAGGUGAGAAUCUCGAGAAUAACGAGGGCGAACGACAUCGCCCUGAUCAUCGCCGACACGAGGGGACUCUUCUCCCAGGUGUUUUGUGACUUUGGAGAGGAGUUUCACGUCGUCGACACCAACGGGGAGCCCCCGAUAACGACGAUGAUCGCCAGUGUCUCGAGGGACGCCGAGGGGGUGGUCACGUGUUUGGAUGACACUCGUCAUGGCAUGGAGGACGGUGAUUUCGUCACUUUCUCGGAGGUCCAGGGGAUGACGGAGCUCAAUGGGUGUGAGCCAGUGAGGGUCAGGGUCCUGGGGCCCUACACCUUCGCCAUCGGGGACACCUCGGCGUUCUCGGAGUACCAGAGGGGGGGCAUCGUCACUCAGGUGAAGAUGCCCAAGACGAUGGCCUUCAGGAGCUUCGAGGAGGCCCUCAAGGACCCGGAGUUCGUUGUCACUGAUUUUGGCAAGUUCGAGCAUCCCGAGCAGCUGCAUCUCGCCUUCCUGGCGCUGCACGAGUUCCAGGGGCUCAAGGGCAGGCUGCCUCGACCCUGGAACGACGAGGAUGCCCAGGAGCUGGUGGACCUCGCUGGCUCUGUCAAGGAGAAGUGGGGACUGGGGACUGAAGUGAAGAGGGAGCUCCUCCAGACUUUUGCUAAAGUCUCCUCGGGGGAGCUCAACCCCAUGAAUGCGACUAUUGGAGGAGUUGUGGCUCAGGAGGUGAUGAAGGCCUGCUCCGGGAAAUUCUCACCCAUUUUCCAGUGGAUGUACUUCGAUGCUGUUGAGUGCCUGCCAGAGGAUCUGGGGAGGAUUCAGGAGGGGGACUGUGCGGCUCUGGGGGACAGGUACGACGCCCAGGUCGCAGUCUUCGGGAGGAAGUUCCAGGAGGUCAUCGGGAAGUUGAAGUACUUCGUCGUUGGGGCUGGGGCCAUUGGCUGCGAACUCCUCAAGAACUUUGCUAUGCUCGGGGUGGGGGCUGGUGGGGGGGCCGUCACUGUUACGGAUAUGGAUCUCAUUGAGAAGUCCAAUUUGAAUAGGCAGUUCCUCUUCAGGCCUUACGACGUGCAGAAGUCCAAGGCGUCCACUGCUGCGAGGGUCGUCAGGGGCAUGAACCCCGAGAUGAAUGUUAUUGCUCAUGAGAACAGGGUUGGCCCCGAGACGGAGAAGGUUUAUAAUGAUGAGUUCUUUGAGGUUCUGGAUGGGGUUGCUAAUGCUCUCGAUAAUGUCGACGCCAGGAUCUACAUGGACAGGAGGUGUGUUUAUUACAGAAAACCUUUGCUGGAGUCGGGGACCCUUGGGACUAAAGGAAACACUCAGGUCGUAGUUCCCUUCCUCACCGAGUCGUACAGCUCCUCGCAGGACCCCCCCGAGAAGUCGAUUCCAAUCUGCACCCUGAAGAACUUCCCCAACGCCAUCGAGCACACCCUCCAGUGGGCUCGCGACAACUUCGAAGGCCUCUUCCGCCAGGCAGCGGAGAAUGCAGCUCAGUACAUAACGGAUCCCCAGUUUGUCGACAGAACUCUGAAGCUGCCAGGUGUGCAGCCCCUCGAGGUCCUAGAAUCGGUGAAGACAGCUCUGGUCGACGAACGCCCCAAGCAGUUCUCAGACUGCGUGGCCUGGGCUCGCUGCCACUGGCAGGACCAGUACAACAACCAGAUUCGCCAGUUGCUCUUCAACUUCCCCCCAGACCAGGUCACCUCCAGUGGUCAGCCCUUCUGGUCAGGCCCCAAACGCUGCCCCCUCCCCCUCACCUUCGACCCUGAGGACCAGCUCCAUCUGGAUUACAUCGUGGCAGCGGCCAAUCUCAAGGCAGCAGUCUACGGUCUCCCCAGCAAUCGCAACAGAACAGAAAUCCUCAAGAUGCUGGAGGCCGUCGUUGUCCCCCAGUUCGUCCCAAGGAGUGGCGUCAAAAUUGCAGAGACAGACUCACAGGUACAGGUGUCCAAUGGCUCUGGUAAUGUCGAUCACGAGCGCCUCCAGCAGCUCCAGGAGGAGCUUCCGAAGCCCUCGGAGCUCCACGGACUCAAGAUCAAUCCUCAGGACUUUGAGAAAGACGACGACACCAAUUUCCACAUUGACUUCAUCGUUGCAGCGUCCAAUCUUCGAGCUGCCAACUACAAAAUUCCACCGGCAGACAGGCACAAGAGCAAGCUCAUCGCUGGCAAGAUCAUCCCUGCUAUUGCCACUACAACAUCGGUUGUCGCUGGUCUCGUCUGCUUGGAGCUCAUCAAGUUGGCCUGGGGCUGCAGGAACUUGGAACGAUUCAAGAAUGGGUUUGCCAAUCUGGCGCUGCCUUUCUUCGGCUUCUCCGAACCCAUUUCGGCCCCUAAACUCACGUAUUAUGAUAUUGAGUGGACUUUGUGGGACAGGUUUGAGGUCGCUGGGGAACUCACGCUCAAGGAGUUUCUUGAUUACUUCAAGGAGACUCACAAGCUCGAGGUGACGAUGCUCUCCCAGGGGGUUUGCAUGCUGUACUCGUUCUUCAUGGCUAAAGCCAAGUGCCAGGAGAGGAUGGGACUCGCCAUGUCGGAGGUUGUUAAGAAGGUCUCCAAGAAGAAGCUCGAGCCACAUGUCAGGGCACUUGUCUUCGAGCUCUGCUGCAAUGACACCGAUGGAAAUGACGUCGAGGUCCCUUAUGUUCGCUACACUCUGCCCUGACUCUGAGUUCAAUCUUCAUUACUUUCGAGAUGUGCGAGGGAUUAGUUAAUACUUAAUAUGAGAAUUAUUAAGUGUUUGGAAUACGGAAUAUAGCCCAUAGUCAUUUCUACAAAUUUCUAUUUUAUCAUUAAUGCCAUUUCAUCGGCUGGAAAAUCGGUGGCACUGGAGUUUCGCUUUGGGGGAUUUUUUUUUUGUUUUUUUUUAUUCAGUUCCUCAAUUUGUAGACUGGGAAAUUAUUAGUCCGGUGGAUACGUUCGUGCAUUCUCUCUGGAUUCAACGAUGAAAAUGUGUAAAUUAAGGAUAGAGGUAACGGUAACGUGUAGAUGCAAUUGAUAAGUUUAUUCUCUUGCCUAAACUUGGUUUUUUUAUUUCUACAAUUGUAUGCGAGAUUGUUUACAUUGUUGAUGGGGAAUUUGGACACCAUAUCGAUUCGUAUUUCGUUUGUAAUGUGAAACUGGUGGCAUGCGAGCAGUGACAAAUUCAAUAGAAUUAUUGUAACCGAAAUGAGGGGUGAUUGAAAACGAGUAAAAUGUUUUUUCAAUAAUCGAUAAAUAAUUAACCAUUGGCUAAGUCGUUUGAUUGUUAACAGUAAACUUGCAUUUGGAAGUUUGGAAGAAGAGGAAAAUCUCGUGGGAUUAAACAUUUAGAUGAAACACAUAUUUUGUUUAUCAUAGAGACACGAAAUAUUUAUUGUACUCCUUCGGAUAAAAAUACAUGUGUUUGGAUUGCAAGUGAAUUAAUAAAAAGAAUACAGCAAGUG